CUGUGUUCUGAGGUAAAAUCCGUCGGAGGCGAGGGAGAAAGCGACGGACAGGCUUCGUCUUCCUCAGUUCCUGCCAUGGGCCUGCUGGGCCAAGUGGCGCGGGGCCUGGUGCGCGGGGCUGACCGGACGGCGGCCUGGACCAGCAAGCGAGGCCCGCGGACUUUCUACAAGGGCCGCGGCAGCAAGCCCUUGGGCUACUUGACCUCGAGCCGCAAGUUCGUGCUGGUGCCCGAGAUGGUGCCGCGGCUGGUGGUGCCCGACCUGACGGGCUUCCGGCUGAAGGCCUACGUCUCCUACCGGGCCUCCCCGGGCACCGAGCCUCCCCUCACCGCCCGCGCCCUCUUCGAGCAGACGGCCGCCCCUCAGGUCCGGAAGGACCUCCAGGAAGGGACGUUUGACCCGCAGCAGCUGGAAAAAUACGGCUUCGAGCCCAGCCAGGAAGGGAAGCUUUUCUGCCUCUUCCCCAAGAAC